AUGUUGUUCCAGGGACCUGCUGCCGUCACCAUCCUCAUCUUUUCUCGCUCCUCUCAGCUCUCGGUUCUGCUGCCCAAACUCCUGCUGAACAUCAGACCUCAUGAGCCUUCAUCAGAACUCGGUUCCUCUCUGCAGCCUCCUCGCUGCCUCAGGGAUGAAGAAGACGAGGAUCUCAACAAAGCGUUUGAUGUUCCAGGUUUUCAGCAGAUCCUUAGUCCUGCAGCUCGCAACCCGCCGGAGAAACACCGGGUUCUAGAUGAGCAGGACAUCGAAGAACAUCGUCACUCCUCCCUCCACGUCCAUCAUCCUCUUUCGAAGCCGCUCAGCGACAGCAGGAGGAAGAGAGCCAAUGAGGGGAGGAGGGAGGACAGACGAGGCUCCGCCCCCAGCACCGCAGCCACCAUAGAAGAAGAUGAGGAGGAGACGUUCACCGACGGAGAGGAAGGCUGGACCGCCAGUGACACGCCCACCUUCUUAUCCAGUCAUGUUGGCCUCUCGCCUGGCUACACCAUGACGACAGGCCUUGCCCCUGACGACGCUGACGAGGCUGAAACUCUGGCGUCUGUCGACCUGGACGGCAUCAAGAGUCACAGAUUGGACGACAUUCCUGCGGUUCGACGUCACCUGGUGAGGCGGAGCUCCAGAGGGCCAAUCGUUCACGUCACCAAAGAUCAGCUGAGCGGCUGGGCGAACCAACACCUGCCGCGGGACCGGACACCUCACGAGGUGUUCGUGGAGUUGAACGAGCUGGUGAUCGACCGGAACCAGGAGCUGCAGUGGAGGGAGACGGCCCGCUGGAUCAAGUUUGAGGAGGAGGUGGACGAGGAGACGGAGCGCUGGGGACGACCUCACGUCGCAUCGCUGUCCUUCCGCUCGCUGCUGGAGCUCCGCAAAGCCAUCUCCCACGGUGCCGUGCUGCUGGACCUGAAGCAGAAGACUCUGCCGGGCAUCGCUCAGCAGGUGGUGGAGCAGAUGGUUAUCUCCGACCAGAUCAAAUCUGCAGACCGAGCCAACGUGCUGCGCGCGCUGCUGCUGCGACACAGUCACCCCAGUGAUGAGAAAGAUCACAGUUCCUUCAGCAGGAACAUCUCUGCAGCCAACAUGGCCGGCCUGAUGGACAGACACAACGGCCAAUCAGAGCCCUGCAGCAACUCAACCAAUCACAGAGAGGCUGACGGAGACAAGGGCAAGAAAGACGCUCCGCCGCUCUGCCCCUCCAGGUCCAAACAUGAAGUGAAGCUGAUGGAGAAGAUUCCAGAGAGAGCCGAGGCCACCGUUGUUCUCGUAGGCAGCGUGGACUUCCUGGACCAGCCCUCCAUGGCGUUUGUCCGGCUGCAGGAGGCGGUUCUGCUGGAGUCUGUGUUGGAGGUUCCCAUCCCUGUGAGGUUCCUGUUCCUCCUGCUGGGCCCGCCCACCGCCAACCUCGACUACCACCAGAUUGGACGCUCCAUCUCCACGCUCAUGUCGGACAAGCACUUCCAUGAGGCAGCGUAUGAAGCCGACGACCGCCACGACCUGCUGACCGCCAUCAACCGCUUCCUGGACUGCAGCGUGGUGCUGCCGCCGUCCGAGGUCGGCGGAGACGAGCUGCUGCACUCGGUUGCUCGGUUCCAGCGAGAAAUGCUUCGAAAGAGGGAGGAGGAGCAGAGCGGCAAGCUGCAGGAGAAGCAGAGCAGCACUCAGCAGGAUCCAG